AUGUCGUUCGAUGAAAAGUACCAGGCCGGAGAGUCUUACAAGACCUCCAAGGAAGACACCUCGAGUCUUCUGGACAACCCAGAGAAGCUCGUUGCGGACCUCAUGAAAGACUUUGCUGGUGUUCGAAGCCAAGCCAGUCCCGCCGAACUCCUAGGUCUUGUCAAGCAGCUCCUCCAGAAGGGACAGCCUCUUGAUGAUAAGAAGGGCACAACUGAGCUCCUCAUUGGCAUCCUCACUUCCCUCCCUGCCUCCUCCAAGGCCCGUACAGCUCUCACCAACAAGCUCAUUGACACCCUCUGGGGCAACCUCCAACACCCUCCCCUGAGCUAUGUCGGCGGCGACGUCAAGUACGAAGCCGUCAACGAAGAGAAGCCUGCCCACAAGCACAACUGCGAUGAGUAUGAUACCAUCGAGUUCAAGGUACCCGGCACCGAUGUUCUCCUGCGGGAACAGGUCCCCCAAGCCCCCAAUGGUCUUCACCAGUACCGUAUGCCUGACGGCAGCUUCAACAACAUCCUCGAGCCUAACCUCGGCAGGGCUGGUACACCCUAUGCCAAGUCUGUCAAGUCUGAGAAGCGCCUCCAUGGUGUCAAGCCAGACCCUGGCCUGCUCUUCGAUCUCCUCAUGGCUCGUGACGACAACACCUUCCAAGAGAACCCAGCUGGUAUCUCGUCCAUGCUGUUCUACCACGCUGCUAUCAUCAUCCAUGAUAUCUUCCGCACCAACCGCACAGACAUGAACAAGUCCGAUACAUCCUCAUACCUUGACCUAGCACCUUUGUAUGGCUCGUCUCUCAAGGACCAGCUUGAGAUUCGAACCAUGAAGGAGGGUAAGAUCAAGCCUGAUACUUUCCAUGAGAAGCGUCUCCUUGGUCAACCCGCUGGUGUCAAUGUCAUGCUUGUCCUAUACAGUCGCUUCCACAACUACGUCGCCGACAUCCUGCUCAAGAUCAACGAGAACGGACGCUUCACACUGGCGACACCUCCCAAUGCUACAGACGUGGACAAGGCCAAGGCCAUUGCCAAGCAAGAUCACGAUCUCUUCAAUGUCGCGCGUCUCAUCACAGGUGGUCUGUACAUCAACAUCUCCUUGCACGACUACCUCCGCGCCAUCACAAACACCCACCACUCGGCCAGUGACUGGACUCUCGAUCCACGAGUUGCCAUUGAUAAACAAUUCGAUGGCGAAGGUGUUCCUCGCGGUGUCGGCAACCAAGUCAGCGUUGAGUUCAACCUGCUCUACCGCUUCCACUCUUGUAUCUCCAAGCGAGACGAGCGGUGGAUCAACGAAUUCUUCCUCAAGCUCUUCCCCGGACGCAAGGCUGAAGAUCUGCAGGACGUCAGCUGGACUGAACUUGGCCAGGCUCUUCUCACUUUUGAGCAGAACACCCCCAAGGAUCCCAGCGUGCGUACCUUUGAUGGCCUAGAGCGUCAGGCAGAUGGCACCUUCAAGGACGAAGAUCUUGUCCGCAUUCUAAAGACUGCGAUGGAAGACCCUGCUGGUACUUUUGGUGCCCGCAUGGUUCCCAAGGCCCUCAAGGUCGUCGAAGUGCUCGGCAUCAUCCAGGGCCGUAAGUGGCAGUGCGCUUCCCUUAAUGAGUUCCGCGAGUUCUUCGGACUCAAGCGCUACGAGACGUUCAACGAUGUCAACUCCAAUCCUGAGAUUGCCAACAUCCUUGAGAAGCUGUACACAGACCCUGAUAUGAUUGAGCUCUACCCUGGCCUCAUGGUGGAGGAUAUCAAGCCUCAGCGCAACACAGGCUCUGGCAUCAUGCCGACAUAUUCUGUUGGCCGAGCUGUUCUUUCUGAUGCUGUGACACUCGUACGAUCAGACAGGUUCAACACCAUCGACUACACCGUGUCUAACCUCACUGCCUGGGGUUACAACGAAGUACAGCAAGACUACAAGACCCUCGGCGGUUCAAUGCUGUACAAGCUCAUCCAGCGAGGUGUUCCAAACUGGUUCCCUUUCAACUCGGUUGCUGUGAUGCAGCCCAUGUACACAAAGAGCGCCAACGAGAAGAUUGCAAAGGAGAUUGGCACUUUUGACCAAUUCACGCUCGACGACCCCAAGCCAGCCCCCAAGACAGCCGUCUUCACGACAAACAGCGCUAUCAAACAGGUCCUCGGCAACCCCAAGCAAUAUGUCGUUCCCUGGCUCAAGGCGCUGAACAAUCUCUACCCUGGAAAGAAGGACUACAGCUGGUUCAUGCUCGCGGGCGAUCAGCCGCAAAACUACAAGCACCGCACUGACUUCUCCAAAGCGAUGAGCAAGAUCCCCAAUCUCCACGACGCCAUCCACGAGUUCAUCGAGCGCCAAGGUGCCAAGCUCAUCAAGAAGGAGUCCUUCAACCUCAAGAAGGGUCUCGACCAGAUCGACAUCAUCCGUGAUGUCGCCAUCCCUCUUAACACACAGCUCCUCGCUGAUCUGUUCUACUUUGAUCUACGAACAGAGGAGAACCCAGAUGGUAAGCUCGGCGUCACAGAGCUGUACCGCAGUCUUCUCGACAUCCGCAUCUGGGGCGUCAACAACAACGAUCCCGCUCAGGCGUGGAACCGACGUCGUCGCGCUCAAGAGGGUGUCAAGACUGUUGCCGAGUCCACAAAGAGACUUGUAUCUGAGGCCGAGAUUGGACGUCCGAGAGGUAUUGGUCUGGUAUCUGCCGUUGCUAACAGAAUCGGCGCCAAAUCAUACCUCAAGAAGGACUCACUACGAUCUUGCGGUCUCAAGCUUGUGGAAGAGCUUCUGGCGCAGGGCAACAACAUUGACCAGGUUGUUGAUAACCUCUGGCUCACGUCCUUUGGAGGUAUCGGUGUGCCAGUUACUGCUUUCUACGAGGUGCUCUCCUACUUCCUUAAGCCUGAGAACGAGUCCAUCUGGGCUGAAGUCCAAGCCAUUGCGCAAAAGGGCGACGACGCGGCCCUCCAUGCCUACGUUGCUGAGGCUCAACGACUGACAACUUCGCAACGCAACGUGCGCAUCGCCACAGCACCAGGUGAAAUUGACGGCCAAACCAUCCAGCCCGGCACUGCCGUGGUGCUCCUCCUAGGCGAGGCUGGCCGCAACACCAAGGAGACCCCUGACGCAGACAAGUUCAACGCCCAGCGCAAGAAGUCCGACGUUUCCGCCUUCAGCUACGGCCAACACGAAUGCUUCGCCCGUGAAAUCGCACUCGCUUUCAUCGUGGGUCUCAUCAAGCUAGUAGCCGACCUCAAGGAACUCCGUCCUGCGCCCGGUGCCAUGGGCCAAGUCAAGACCAUCCGCGUGGGUACAGAGAAGGCCUACCUCAACGACAGCUGGUCAUACCUUAGCUUCGACGCCAACACCUGGAAAGUGCACUUCAAUGGCCAUGGAAAGGGUACCUUCGAGGGUGAAAGGGCUCCUACUAAGAGUACGCCAAUCCAGGAGUACUACUCUUUGCUUCAGAAGCGCAAGGAUGAGUUUUUGGGUCGCUAG